ACCUAUAAAGAUUAUAUGGAACCAAGGAACAAUGUAACUUACUUUGUCCUCUUGGGUCUCACACAGAAUCCAAAGGAGCAGAAAGUCCUUUUUGUUAUGUUCUUGCUCUUUUACAUUUUGACUGUGGUGGGCAACAUGCUCAUUGUUGUGACUGUAAGUUUCAGUAAGACUCUGAACUCCCCAAUGUACUUUUUUCUUGCCAGCCUAUCAAUUAUGGAUGCUAUUUAUUCCUCUUCCAUUACCCCCAGAUUGAUUUCAGACUUGUUCUUUGGGGAAAGUACCAUAUCCUUCCAAUCUUGUAUGAUCCAGCUCUUUACAGAACAUUUUUCUAGUGGAUCAGGGGUGUUUAUUCUGUUGGUGAUGGCCUAUGACCGCUAUGUGGCCAUCUGUAAGCCUUUGCAUUAUUUGGUCAUCAUGAGGCGAUGGGUUUGCAUCGUGCUACUGGUAGUCUGUUGGGUUGGAGGUUUUCUGCACUCAAUAAUUCAGCUUAGCACUAUUUAUGGGCUCCCAUUCUGCGGCCCUAAUGUCAUUGAUCAUUUUUUCUGUGACAUGUACCCCUUAUUGAAACUCAUCUGUGCUGACACCUACGUCAUUGGUGUCUUAGUGGUGGCCAAUGGAGGACUAAUCUGCACUAUUGUGUUUCUGCUGUUACUCAUCUCCUAUGGUGUCAUCUUGCACUCUCUAAAGAACCUUAGUCACAAAGGGAGGCGGAAAGCCCUCCAGACCUGUGGUUCCCACAUCACUGUGGUUGUCUUUUUUUUUGUUCCCUGUAUUUUCACAUAUGUGAGACCUGCUAAAACCUUCCCCAUUGACAAACCAUUGAGUGUGUUUUAUACAGUCGUAACCCCGAUGCUCAACCCACUAAUCUACACUCUGAGAAAUUCAGAGAUGACAAAUGCUAUGAAGCAGCUCUGGACAAAGAAAGGUCAUAUCUUGUAG